UAAUUAAUUUAUUAUGUCAGAAGAAAAGUGUGGAAACACUUGUCAGUUCAUUUUUAAAAAGCGUAAUAUUAAAGCAAAGGGUGCUCGAAAAAGACAGGACACUUCAGAAUCAGAAAAUAGCGAAGAUGAACAUGAAAAUACUGUUAUCAAACCUUUAUCAAGAAAAAGAAAAGUAAAUUUAAAUAUUCAAAGUACUGCUGAUACUAAGAAGAAGAAAGAUGACACUAAUGAAUCACUAAGUGAUACUGAUGAAAAUGAUGAAGCAGUUUCAGUUAAUUACAAAUCAAACAGAUCUGCAAUGCCAAGCGGACCAUCUGAUCAAUUAGCCACAGCUAUUCUGGAAACUGAAACUGAAAAAGACCGAGAUGCUCAAGCAAUUUUUGAAAAACGACUUGAAAUUAAUAAAGAACUUGAAGGACAGGUAGAUGACAAGGUGUACAGAGGAUUAAAUAAUUAUGCCCAAUAUUAUAAACCUAAGGACACUGCUGCAGGAAAUGCAAGCUCAGGGUUAGUUAGGAAAGGUCCUAUCAGAGCCCCAGCUAACUUAAGAGCUACUGUUCGAUGGGAUUAUCAACCAGAUAUAUGUAAAGAUUAUAAAGAAACAGGGUAUUGUGGUUUUGGAGACAGUUGUAAAUUUUUGCAUGAUAGAAGUGAUUAUAAACAUGGCUGGCAACUGGAAAGAGAAUGGGCUUCUGGUGAAUAUGGACAUGAAAGUGAUGAUGACAAAAAAUACGAAAUUGACUCUGAUAAAGAAGAUUUGCCAUUCAAAUGUUACAUUUGCAGGAAAAGUUUUGUUAAUCCAAUUAUUGUAAUUUCAAUGCAUUAG